UGUUUUUCACUUCCUGCUUCCGUCGUGCGCGUCACGGAUCCUGAGAGCCUCGUAGCCUUAGAGUGCGGGCUGGAGUGCCUCGGUUCUGCGCUGAAGGAAGCAGUUUUAAUUCUUUAUGGAGAAACGUUGCUAAUUUCUCUCAGCAUCCACUGAGUGAUUCAGCCUCUUCUUUUCUAGGAAUCGGCUGAGAAAUCCUUCAUCGCUAAACUCGUCGUUCUGCUUUCUGAAUCUCAAAUCUCAGAAAGUUUAGAAUACAGUUACAAGCCAAUGUACGUGGAGACUUGAAUGAGAUAUCAGUUACUUCUCUUUGGCUGUUCUCCUCCUGGCACCAUUUUGUCCUCUGUCACAGCAGUGCUCUGGCAGAACGCGGGCUGUCUCUGUAGCACUGUGUGAGGCUCAGGCACAGCCCUGAAUAUUUCUCUACAGAAUCUUUUGGUACUCAGAUAUUGCAUCGAGAUGGACCGAGAGUGUAUGAGCAAGAUCAACAGCUACUGCCAGAGGAAUAAGUGCAAGCUCGAGUACGCUGAUGUGGACAUGAGAGGCCCAUCUCAUGACCCUGAGUUUACAGUUGUGGUUAGAAUAGAUGGUAAAGAGUAUGGUGCAGGCACUGGUAAAAGUAAGAAGGAUGCAAAAGCAGCAGCAGCAAAAAAAACGUGGGACAUGAUUGUACAAAAGCAAGAUAGUCCUUCGAGUGUGCAUGCUCCAGAUCUAGUGACAUCUCCUCCAUCUGCGGAUGUGCUACCUCCAUUUGACUACGUCAGCCUGCUAAAUAAGUACUCACAAAAGACAUUGCAGCUAGUUGACUACAACAACAUAAACCGUUUUGGAGACGCCCAUGCUCCAAUGUAUUCUUGUAGCUGUACAAUUAGUGGUCAUGUAUAUGGAAAUGGCACUGGAAACUCUCUAGCUGCUGCAAAACAAGCUGCUGCAAAAGAAGCAUAUAGAGUGUUACAGGAGCAAGAAUCUUCAAGACCGAGAAGUGAAAACUCUAGUUCUCUGUUUUGUGAACUUAGUAAUUCCGCUGGAGGGCAGAGUCAGUCUGAGUCAUGUGAAAUUACCUUUAGAGACUCAGCUACAAACUUGACAGAAAAAGCAAAAGACAUGUCACUAUCUGAAGAGCCUACAAAUUCUCGGAGAAAUGUGCCAUGUUCUGCUAUAAAAUCCAAAAGAGCAUUGGCACCUAAUUUUAAUAAUGUGAGAAGCGAGCAGGAAAAACUGAUGUCAAAUAUCUGCAGAAAUAAGAGGGAGGCAGAUGAUGAGUAUACUGUGGAUGAAAGAUUUCGUCGGGAGUAUAAAAAUAUAGAGCCUAUUGGUAAAGGUGGUUUUGGGAAUGUUUUUAAAGCAACAUCAAGGACUGAUGAGAGAACCUAUGCAGUCAAACGAGUUGAGUUAAUAAAGAAAGUGAAGCGUGAAGUGAAAGAACUCGCAAAUCUUGAACAUGAAAACAUAGUGCGAUAUUAUUGCAGCUGGGAAGGGACUGACUGUAUGAUUUACCCAGAGUCAAGUAAGAAUUCUGUCAUAGCAGUUCCUUGCCUCUUCAUCCAAAUGGAAUUAUGUGAACAAGGGCCAUUGGAAAAAUGGAUUGAAAAUAAUAGACAAAACCAAAACUAUCAUGAGAUGGCACAAGACAAAUUUUCACAAAUACUGAAAGGAGUGGACUAUAUUCAUUCUAAAAAUUUAAUUCAUAGAGACCUCAAGCCUCAGAAUAUAUUCCUAUCACAUGAAGGUAAAAUAAAAAUAGGUGACUUUGGUCUUGUGACUUCUGUGACAUAUGACCCUCUGACUAAGAACAGAGGAACACAGUCAUAUAUGGCACCAGAACAGUCUGGGGACAGAUAUGGAAAGGAAGUAGACAUUUAUGCGCUGGGAUUGAUUUGGUUUGAAGUUCUUUCUGCGUUGGUCAGUCAUCAUGAGAAAAAUAGGAUAUGGGAGGAUGUUAGAGAUGCUAAACUUCCACCAGACUUCACCAAGCAAUUUCAAAUCCAGGUACCCAUAAUCAAAAAGAUGCUUUCAAAAGACCCCUCAAAACGAUUCUCUGCAUCUCAAAUACUCGAUAUUUUGAAGUCUGUUGAUAAAGACAACUCACAUAAAGCUUAUAGUCACUAAAUGCCAUUUUAGAAGGCUUUCAGACUGUGCUGUCUCGUGGCCUGUGAUUCAAACCUUUCUGAAUUGCUCACAGUGAUGUUUAUAUUAAUUACUAGACUUCUUCCUUUUAAGACCAGAGGAGUCAGUGUGCUUGACUGGAAAGCCUACUUUUUGCAGAAAAAAAAUAGAUACACGUGUGGGUUAUUCUUGACUGAAUUUUACUUCUUUAAGGUGAACUUUCUUCUCACUAGGUACUUCUUGAAAUACCUAGCAUCUUCACUAUUCUAAAAUUUAAAACUUUCUUUUUAAAAUCAGGUCUUCCUUGAACAUUUAAGUAUUUCUUUCUUUCCCAGAAGCUAUUUGUUCUGUACUUCUGAAAACCUCCGUUUGUUUUUUGUUUUGUUUUCUUCUUUCUUAUAGGAACAGGUAGGGUCCUGUUAAUAAGAAAUACUCUCCAAGUUUUCUCAAUAGCAACCAUUUAAAAAUCCUUCUCAGGAGAGCACCUUAGACAUCAUCUCCUAUACUGUAAGGUUUUUAUCAAUUAUUAUGGCAUUGAGACAUUCUCACGGAUUACAGGUGUACUGAGUAAGGCCAACUCUGCUGGCCUUACUGUCAGCUCAACAUAAGGCGUGAGCAGACUGACCAUUACUGGUUACAUACUCUAAAGAUUUUAUGUUUGACUGAAUAAGAACUCUGCAGGGAAGAAAAAAUGGGCAAAUUAUUCCUUCUGACUCAUUUUUGAAUAGUUUGAAAAGGUGCAGCUCAUUGCUGUGGCACCUGCUGAAUUCCUUAAAGGAAAACGCACUAAGACUUCUAAGCAGGAAAGUAUGAUAUGCAUUAGAGAUAAGGCAGCAUAUGAUUUUUCUCAAGUGUUAAACAGGUUGAAGGUGUGUGGUUGGUUAAAAUAUGAAUAUGUGAAUUUUUAUAGUCUUGUGGAAAUUGUUGCUGAAUAGCUAUCUGAUUUUAACAUUCAUUUGUAUGAAUUCGAGUUGUUCCCCCUCCCCUUAUAAUGAAUGUUAUUCUUCAUAAAUAAAGCAUUCCGUUAUUUUGGA